AUGAGUGACACUAGAAAGCGAAGCAGCAUCUGGCUGCAGUUUAAAGAUAUUGGGAACAAGAAAGCAGAGUGCCUUCACUGCAAAACGAAGGUCACUAUAAGAGCAGGUUCCACCACAAACCUGCAUAGACAUACAAGAACUGUCCAUCCUACAGUGCAGUUAGAGGAGAGAGGGCAAGCCAGCUCACCAUCUACUGAUCCUGGUGUGUCUCAUACCAGAACAACAGCUGCUGUAACGUCUACUGCCAUCCCCAUGCGUGCAAGUAUAACCUCUCCUACUGCAACUCAAAGCAAAAUAAGUCAGUUUUUACCUAAACUGAUGACCCCAGCCAAACAGCACAGUAUUGAUGAUGAGUUGGCUAAAAUGGUAGCUUCUGAUUUUCAACCCUUUUCCAUUGUGGAGGACAAAGGAAUGAAAAACUUUGUCAAAGCCCUAAAUCCCACAUACACUCUACCCAGUAGAAAAACACUUUCCCAAACAAUGAUCCCAAAACUAUAUGACACAGAACGUGCAUUAUGGCAAGAAAGGGUGACAAAAGCUCCAUCAGUUUGCCUGACAACUGACUGCUGGACCUCCAGAACAACCUGCUCUUUCAUGUCUGUCACUUGCCACUUUAUUGAAGAUUACAAGAUGACAUCUUGCCUUCUGGACUGCUUCGAGUUCACCGACAGACACACUGCAGAAAACUUGGCAGUGGAGCUACUAAGAGUGGCAAAAGAGUGGCAAGUAGAGGACAAAGUGGUGUGCUGUGUGAGUGAUAAUGCUGCAAACAUCACCAAAGCCAUAAAAGUUUUGAAGUGGACCCAUCACCCAUGUCUGGCGCAUACACUAAACCUGGUGGUUAGAGAUGCUCUGAAGGUGAUCAAAACAACCGUGGAUAAGGUGAAGGCUGUUGUGGAGUUUUUCCACAAAAGCACAGUAGCAGCACAGAAGCUAAAGUCCACACAGCGCCAAAUGGGGAUUCCUGAACUGAGGCCCAAACAAGAGUGUGCCACCAGGUGGAACUCAACAUUUGAUAUGUUGAAACGAAUGCUUGAAAUAAAAGAUGCCAUCAUCUCCACCCUGGCCCUCAUCAACGCAUCUAUUGAGCCAUUAAGCCAAGAGGAAUGGGAGCUGGUGAAAGAGGUCUGCGCCGUCCUGCAACCAUUCCAGGAGGUGACUGUGGAGAUAAGUGCAGACAGGUACCUAGAACCAUUGAAGCAUUGUUUUCUCUACUACUAUUCAGUCACUAUUAUACAUUGCAAACACAACACAUACAGUAUAAUGCAUCACGUAUAAUAUGCCACAUACUUUUAAAAAACUAAAUUCUAAAAGUUGCUGUUUUCUCUCCUUCAGCUAUGUCACAGCCUCGAAAAUGCUCCUGCUUUGCAAAGGUCUGCAGCUGGUGACAGCCGAGAACCAAUGGACAGUAACUGUGCAGAAAGUGAAGGAAUUAGUUGCAGCUCUUUGUUCAGCCAUGGACCGCAAAUUUCUGCGGAUGGAGUACAACACUGUCCUUUCAGAAACUACCUUAUUGGAUCCAAGGUUUAAAAAACUUGCCUUCAGUGAUCGUAGAGCUGUUGAUGAAGCUCUUCAGAGGAUUAGUGCAGCAGCAGCAGCAAAAUGCACCCCCAGCAGCCAGCCAGCUCCACCAUUACAGGGCCAAGUGGAGGAGGAGCAGCAAACCUCUGCUGUUUGGAGGCUUUUUGAUGACAGAGCUACAGGAGAUGCUUCAAGGAGAAAUCCGACAGCUGAUGCUAUAAUGGAGGUGAGGAGCUACCUUGAGGAGCCCCUCAUCCAGAGAGCAGAAGACCCACUGAGCUGGUGGCAGGCCAAGGCCUCAGUCUUUCCACUCCUGGUGAAGGUGAUGGAGGGGGAGACUAUGUAUUGUUGCCACAUCAGUUCCUUCUGAGAGAAUCUUCUCCAAAACAGGGCAGAUACUCACGGAGAGGCGAAAUCGUAUCAGGCCUAUCAGCCCAUCCAAGCUGAGGCAUCUGAUCUUCCUGAAUGCCAACCUGCCCUGAGGACUAAUGCUGUUUGCUGGAGUUUGGUUCUGGUUUUGAUUCUGUUCUGUGGAUUUGUUUGAAGUUUAUUGUUAAUUUGUGCAAUAAAAAAGUUUAAUUGAAAUAAACAAAUGUAAGAGUGGUUUUGUCACAGAAUAAAUGCACAGAAUUAGGCAUUAUAAGGUCUCUCAUAAAAACACUGAAAGCAAAAGGGUUUUCAACACAUAAACCAUGAUUUUUUUUCAAAGUUAAGGUAAAAUAUAGGCUACAAAAGAUCCUAAAUAAAGAGCCGUUCGGGAGUCGAAAGAGCCGGCUCUUCUUUGGGAGCCGAGUCAAAAGAGCCGGCUCUCAGAAAAGAGCCGAACUUCCCAUCAUUACU